CAAGCAGCACACACAGUAGCCCAGGCUUGUGCAGCACUGCAGUCUGUCUCAAAACAGCCUCCAGUCCUCUGCUCCUGGAUCCUACCAUGGUCCUGGGCUUCAUGCUCCUGUUGCUGGUGGGGACAGCAGGGUCAGCCUGCAGGGCCCAGCCGGUGCUGACCCAGCCAGCUGCCGUGCAGGUGCUGCCUGGGGAAACUGCCCAGCUGUCCUGUGUCCUCAGCCCCCAGUACAACAUCAGCGACUUUGGCAUCACCUGGUACCAGCAGCGCCCAGGGCAGGCCCUAAGGUACCUGCUCUACUACAACUCGGAGCGAGACAAGCACAAGCCCGCCAGGAUUCCUGAUCGCUUCUCUGCUACCAAAGACCUUGCCCUCAACGCCUGCAUCCUCAUCAUUGCUGCUGCCCAGGAGGAAGACAACGGUCGCUAUUUCUGCUCAUUGCCCCUCACCACCAACUGGCUGUAGAAGCAGGGAGCAAACCCAGCUAGCUCACCCCACACAAAUAUGAUGUGAUGCUGUCAGCAGACAGAAUGGCAGCCGCGGAAAGAACAGACAAGGCCUCCCUGCAGGCUGAGGCUCUGGCGCGGUUUAAUAAUGGUAAUAAAUGUAAUCAGUACAAUAAAUGUAAUAAAGAUUUGUCCUCACACACUGUUUAGU